UGAGCGGCACCUCAAAGCUGUGAAGAAGAUACAACUACUCCAGCAGUCAGUGAAGACACACAGACUCAUCACACCCUGCCAACGCCAGCACACACUCAGACACACAACAGAGAAUACAGCACAGUCCAUGGCCGCUUCACUGCUAGGGGAGGAGCCUCGGUUAGGCAGCACUCCUCUCGCCAUGCUGGCCGCCACCUGCAACAGAAUCGGUGACCCCAGCCCCUCGUGCUCACCCGCUCUCUCAGACGGGGCACUGCCGGGACUCGUAAAAGGAUUUCACCCUUGGAAAAGGAGCGCACCGGGCACCAGCCAUCUGGGAGCAUGUCUCAGCACACUCGGGGUUCCCACUGUCUCCAGGAGUAACGGGAACGGACUCACGGAGACAUCCAGCGCUUUCUCAAUGACCGCAGCCAACUCUCCUUUUGGAAAUGAUUACGCGAUGUAUCAAACUGCGGUGCCUUCAGACAACAGUGUACCUGAUCCCAUGCACGCGCAGCGCUCUGUGUUUCUGAGCAAAUUCCCCUCCACAGUGGAAGGCAUCGCUGGGAUAUACCCGAGGAUGCAUGCGCACCCCUAUGAGUCGUGGUUCAAGCCCGUGGGAGAUAUCAGUAAUGGAUCCGCUGCUUGGUGGGACAUGGGUACCAGCUGGGUGGACUCACAGAGCCCAACCGGGAUACCCUCUCCUUUGAGCGGCUACAGCUCUGACUACAGCUCCGCCUUCAGCCCCGGAGCCCCUCAGCACCUGCUUCCCGCCACACAGCAUCUGUUUGACGGCUUUAGACCACCUGUCCCAGCCACGUACACAGAGUCCACGACGGCUGGGGCACCUACACUGUCAGUAAACCCUGUCGUUUCUCUCCCUGCAUCUUCCCGCUCCUCAUCACGGCGAUACUCCGGUAGAGCCACGUGCGACUGUCCGAACUGUCAGGAAGCGGAGAGCCUCGGCCAGGGCGGCACGAGCCCACGGCGAAGAGGCUUGCAUAGCUGCCACAUCCCCGGCUGCGGUAAAGUUUAUGGCAAGACCUCUCACCUGAAGGCUCACCUGCGCUGGCACACCGGGGAGAGGCCGUUUGUCUGUAAUUGGCUCUUCUGCGGUAAACGAUUCACGCGCUCCGAUGAGCUCCAGAGGCAUCUGCGCACUCACACCGGGGAGAAGCGGUUCGAGUGCUCCAUAUGCCACAAACGCUUUAUGCGCUCUGAUCACCUCAGCAAGCACGCUAGGACGCACAACGCGGACGGGUCGGAGGAGGGCGGGGAACCAGGGCCUGGUAAAGGCAGCAGCGACACGGACAAUAGCCUCUCCGGUAGCCCGAGCCAGUCUCCAGGACUACACGGGCGCGAGACUGUUCCAAACUCAGAGGGACAAACACAUAGCGCGGUGGAAUAACUGAUAACAACAUGUGUUUGUGUUUACAUGGACACUUAAAAAAUGAAAUGGCACUUUAUAAUGAACUCCAGCUGUGGAUGAACAUGUGUCCUUACCUCAUUUAUUUUUUAAGUUUCUUAAAAAUUAACUUUUACUGUGUACAAUUUAUCAGAUUUAUGUUAUUUGGAGACAUUUUUAUGAGCCUUAAUUUAUUCUCCAGACAUGUAUUUUCUAGUUACAGGAGUUAGUACACUGGUAAGUUGAAUCGAGAUUGGGUUACUGCUGAUUCAAAUUGAUGCCAUGUCAUUAUCUUUGAGAUGUUUGUCUGAGGGAGUACAUUUUAUUUUACUUUUUCUACAUGUUUGUAAGCCUUGAUUUUAUUAUCAAUUAAACAGGAAUAUUUUGGACACAUUUCUUUCGUCAUUAGACCUGAUAUGAUUCGGUUUAUUUAUUAUCAUAGAAUAAACACAGAACAGAACUGGUGGAAAAUACUGUUAAUCGAGCUUUAAAUAAGAAUUCAGUUUAAUUUGGCAUAUUACAAUGGAAUUUCGGUUUAAUCUAAGACGUUAGUUCAAACAGGGUUAGAAUAAUUGUAUACCCUUUAAUCAAGUGAAUCACAACUUUAAAAGUAGCCUAAUAUUUCAGCUGAGGCCUACAGCAGGCUUAUGGAAGUUAAUGAACCAAAAAAAAAAAAAAAAGAGGGACAUUGCAUUACCUAUCAAAAACACUAUUUG